AUGUCGUUUCCUCCACAAAAUCUUCAAAAUUUCCAAGGUUUUGGAAAUUCUAUGAAUCAUCUGAAUUAUGCCCCUCGAGGUCCAUAUCAACCGCUUCCAGCUGAAUAUUGGCAAAACAUGAGUCAUCCGUAUUUCAUGCCGUCGGUUGUUCAUGGAUAUGGUACCCCACUCACAACUGGUAUGUCUUUUACUUCUUCGAUGUCGAAUGAACCUGCACCUCCGACUUUUGUCCCGGAGACUCAACUUUCCGACCGUGAAUCCCCAAUAGAGGUGGUCAAUUUAGAAAAGACGGUUGAAGACGAGGUCUUAGCGAGAAGUUUUGUCACUAUCAGUGAUGAUCCAAUAAUCGACAAUGAUCAAAAGGCGGAUGCUUUUUGGGGACGGGUUGCAAGCUACUACAAUGAGAAUCUUCCCCUACGUUCAAACACCAAAAGUGCAAAUGUUAUACGGUCACAUUGGCACAAUACAAUCCAAAAUAAGGUAUAUCGAUUCAACGCAAAUUACAAUAGUGUUUAUAGUUCAUAUCGAAGUGGUCACAGUGAUGAAGAUAUAUUGAGGUUUGCGUACGAAAUAUAUCGAUCCGAAGACAAUGGUGUUGCAUUCAAUCUCGAACAUGUGUGGAGAAUUGCCAAAGAUCGUCCAAUGUUGCUCCAUAGUUCACUGAUCACUUUGUGGUCACAAAGAAGACGAGGACCUCAGAGUCGGGAGCAAGCAAUACCUCCUCCAACCAAGAUGUGA